GGGUUUGACGUCUCGGGAAAAUGUGUCCCCAGCCCGUCCCCGCCCUUCAGCCCACAGCCUGGUCCGUUUGCCUAUGUUUGAUCAUCCCGCACCCUCCCCUCUUGCCAUAGCAACCGCAAAGGCGCCUGCAGAACCGCCCUUGCUGCGGCAACCGCCGGGGCUGGGCGUGGUGUUUGCAGUGCGGCCCGGGCGGGGAAGGGCAGCUGGGCAGGGCCGACGCUCAGAUCACGUAUCCCGCGAUGCUGCCGCGUGCCACCGCCGGCUCCUCCCCUCCACAGCCAGGGUUUUCCAGCCAGCAGAGCCGCCACCACCGCCGCCCCUGCCUCGCAGCGCCAAGGCUGGGCGACCGGAUCCGGGCGUUGCGUGCUCUCCAGCCCCAGCGGCCUCGCCAUGACGGCGUCCAUGAGGCAGCGGUUUGAUACGUUCCUCCAUGAGAAGAACUGCAUGACCAGCCUGCUGGAGAAAAUCGAGACCAAGACCGGGGUGAGCCGAUCCUACAUCGCCAUCGCUAUCAUUGGCGUGCUGGCCGUGUACCUGGUGAUCGGCUAUGGAGCAUCUCUGCUGUGCAACCUGAUCGGAUUCGCUUAUCCUGCCUACAUCUCAAUCAAGGCUAUCGAAAGCCCCAACAAAGAUGAUGACACACAGUGGCUGACCUACUGGGUUGUGUAUGGCAUCUUCAGCAUAGCAGAAUUCUUCUCUGAUAUCUUUCUGUCUUGGUUCCCUUUCUACUACAUGCUGAAGUGUGGCUUUCUGCUAUGGUGCAUGGCUCCAAGCCCUUCCAAUGGAGCAGAGUUUCUCUACCACCGAAUUAUCCGCCCUUUCUUCUUGAAGCACGAGGCUCAAUUGGACAGUGUUGUGAAGGAUCUGAAAGACAAAGCUGCAGAGACUGCGGAUGUCAUUACUAAAGAAGCCAAGAAAGCUACAGUGAACUUACUGGGUGAUGAGAAGAAGGGCAUUUAAACUGUUAGCAGGAUGAAGAAAGUUGCCCCCCCCCCACCUCCUUUAUACAGCUCGAUGUUACUGGGGACUGUGGUAUAAUAAUUUUAAUAAUGUUGCCUUGGAAACAUUUUUGAUAUAUUAAAGGAAUGUGUUGUAAGUUUGCUUACUUUUAUGUUGUCUGUAUAGAAAGUAAGCACUUCUAUUUAAAUGCAGUGCAAUGGGCAGUAUCUAAAGCUUAUUGAAAACUUAUCUUAUUCAUCUCCAUACAGGGGAAAGACCUUUCAAUAGUGUCUCAUCCUGCCAUGAACACAAACUUAAAUAAAAUUAUAUCUAUAUCCCA